UAUCUUUCUCACACCCAAAAAUCUCACAAAAUUCUUGUUUUGUCUUCAUCUCACCAAUAAAAGUAUCAUCAUCAUCAUCAUCAUUAUUAGUGAUAAUAAUGCAGGGUGGGAUGCAUCAUCAAUCUACCCUAAGAGAGAAAUUCAAAUCUUCAAUAUGUUGCUUCAUGGGCACGGCACAUGAAUCAUUAGACCAUGGUGAUUUAUGUAAUUAUGAUAAGUUGAAUAUUAACACGUCUAGGACGCCAAAGUCUUCGGCAUCACCCACCACCCCAUCCAGCUCGGCAUCGUGGUUCAAAAAACCGUGGACGGCAGCCGGGGAGCACGUGACUGCCGAGCUGCUGCCACGUGUCCGUGGACAUAGCCAAAGGAGUCGUUUACGUAGGCAUAAUAAUAACAACAACAACCACCACCACCACGGCCAUCGCCAAACGCAAUCCGCGGAUUUUAGCUACGAUGCUUCCAGCUAUGCUCUCAAUUUUGAGAAUGAGGAUUCCGGAGAGUUCCCGCUUAGGAACUUUAGUGCCCGGUUGCCGGUUUCGCCGAGAAUUCCGUCCGUACCAUUGAAGUAUCCUGAUGAAUUGGCUGUGUCCACGGCGGCGCCAAAAGAAAUUGUUGGGGGUGUUGCAAAUUAAGUUGAAUUGAUCAGAUGUUCCAAAUCAUCGUCAUGGGGGUUCAAAUAAAUGCAUGCACAGCAUAACAGUUUGAAGAACCCUAAUUCAUCAUGAAUUCCCCCCGGAUCCCCCAAGAAAGAAUACGUACGUAUACAUAAUGGAAAAUUGUGCAUGUUGUUGGAGGCCUUGUGGAUGGAGAAUUAUGUAUGUAUAUGUAAGAACAUGGGUUGGUUGGUCAAAUGUAGUCAAACUUACGCUGUUUAGAUUCUUGAAUGUUA